AUGUCGCCACAAACUAGCGUCAACCCCCCAAAAAGGACAAUUUCGGAAGAUGGUCUGACGAACAUGGUUGCUGGGUCCUGUACACCGAUAGCAAUUGUGGGAAUUGGCUUCCGGGGGCCAGGGGAUGCCAAAAAUGUCGAGAAGCUGUGGGAAAUGAUUCUCACAGGUAGAGAGGCAUGGAGCCCGAUUCCAGCUAAAAGGUGGAAUAGUGCAGCAUUCCAUCACUCAGAUCAUGCUCGCCAUGGAACAAUCAAUGUGGAAGGUGGCCACUUUCUGGAAGACGACGUAUCCGCGUUCGACGCACCGUUUUUUAACAUGACAAGCGACGAGGCAGCGGCCAUGGACCCUCAGCAGAGAUUGCUUUUGGAGGUAGCAUAUGAAGGUCUUGAAAAUGCUGGAAUUCCUAUGACCAAAAUCAUGGGCACAAGGACAUCCUGCUUUGUAGGGUCUUUUUCUGCAGACUACACGGAUCUCCUACUUCGGGAUCCCGAGUGUGUACCCAUGUAUCAGUGCACAAACGCCGGACAAUCUCGUGCAAUGAUGGCAAACAGACUAUCAUACUUCUUUGAUUUGAAAGGACCCAGUGUCACAGUAGACACAGCUUGUUCGGGAAGCCUUGUGGCACUGCAUUUGGCAUGCCAAAGCCUCCAGACAGGGGACUCAUCAACAGCGAUUGCAGCGGGAGUCAAUUUGAUCUUGAGUCAUGAGUUUAUGUCAACCAUGAGCAUGAUGAAGUUUCUCUCUUCAGAUGGAAGAUGCCAUACCUUUGAUGAAAAGGCCAAUGGGUACGCGCGAGGCGAGGCAGCUGGCUGUCUCAUCCUUAAACCUUUGGCCAAGGCGUUACACGACCACGACAAGAUCCGGGCUGUGAUACGAGGAACGGGUUCCAACCAGGACGGGCGUACUGCAGGGAUAACACUACCUAACGGGGCAUCCCAAGAAAGCUUGAUCCGGAGCGUCUAUAUACGGGCAGAUCUGGAUCCCUCAGAGACCGAUUUUGUGGAGGCUCAUGGGACAGGCACACUGGCUGGAGACCCAGUUGAGACGGGGGCAAUUGCUCGUGUGUUUGGAACUGGUCGUCCACCUGAUGAUCCUGUGCGGAUUGGUUCCAUCAAAACCAACGUCGGCCACUUGGAAGGUGCAAGCGGAGUCGCGGGUGUGAUCAAGGCAGUGUUGAUGUUGGAAAACUGCAUGUUCUUGCCAAACAGGAAUUUUGAAAAGAUCAACCCACGAAUCCCGCUCGAUGAUUGGAAACUCAAGGUUCAAUUGUACCCUGAGCCAUGGGAGACCACACGGCCUCAUCGUGUUUCUGUAAAUAGCUUCGGUUAUGGUGGAAGCAAUGCCCACGUAAUUGUCGAAGAUGCCCAAAGCUGCCUCUCAGGCUGGGGACUCAAGAGAGAUGACCGAAUACCGUCGACCACGACCAAAAGCCAUGAUGAGAAGGCUCUUUGUUCAUCGCUUGGCAUACCUCGCAUAUUGAUGCUAUCUGGUUUCGAUGAAAGAACUUGUGUACAACAGAUGCAGGCUCUGAGCAAUCAUAUUCUCGAUAAGAGAGAUGAAGUUGACAAUCAGAAGUUUUUGGACGAUCUUGCAUACACAGUCAACGAGCGGCGCUCCGUCUUUCCAUGGAAGGCAGCUGUUGUUGGAGAUACGUUGUCGGGGUUGGCAACCUCCCUCUCCCAGAAUGUCAAAGCUAGGAUCGCUGUUCGGAAGCCAGCUCUUGGGUUUGUAUUUACUGGGCAAGGCGCGCAGUGGGCUGGGAUGGGAAAGGAGCUGCUUCAGGCUUAUCCAGUCUUCAAAAAGACAAUAUUAGGUAUCGACAGAUUCUUGAAUAAUAUUGGAGCUCCUUUCAAAGUGGAAGAUGAAAUCACAAAGAGCCCCCAGGGCUCCGAUUUGAACCGUCCGAGUCUCAGCCAGACAGUGUGCACUGCGUUACAGAUCGCGCUGGUUGACUUGCUGAAAUCUUGGAAUAUACAUCCAGACUCUGUGAUGGGUCAUUCUAGUGGCGAAAUUGCCGCUGCAUAUGCCACUGGUGCACUCAGCAUGAAUGAUGCGAUGUCAGUGGCAUACUACCGAGGGGCAGUGGCAAGCCAGCUUCUCAAUGACCAACCAAACAGAGGUGCCAUGAUGGCAGUUGGGAUGUCUGCUGAAGAGGUACAGCCUUACCUGGACAGCUUCCAGCCCAGACAGCUGGUGGUAGCGUGUGUCAACAGUCCAUCGAGUGUGACGAUAUCAGGUGAUAUACUUGCGAUUGAUGCACUCGCUCAAACUUUGAAAGAACAACAGGUCUUUAGCCGACGCCUUGAAGUGGGCGUCGCCUAUCACUCUCCUCAUAUAGAACAGGUUGCCGAGAAGUAUUACAGCUUAAUAGAGCAUAUACAACCCCGAGGACUGGAUCAAAUAGCAGGAGACAAGAGGGAAAGGUCUGGAUCGUUCUUUUCCUCGGUCACUGGAACCAUGUUUCCUUUGGGGGGAUUGGAUGCUCAGUACUGGGUGUCAAAUUUGAUCGGGCAAGUGAAAUUUGCGAACUCACUAAGGAGUUUAUGUUUUGAGACAAAUGGUCACCGCGCUAGUCAUACAGGGAGUUCCCGAAUAAGAAGGGCCGGAGCAGCCCAAAAGCCUUCUGUCGAUUGUCUCAUCGAGAUUGGACCCCAUUCGGCACUUUCUGGGCCGAUCAAGCAAGUUCUCCAGGCCGAUGCGAAACUCAACGCUGCCGAUAUAACCUAUAUUAGCAUUCUGACACGGAAAGUCAGCGCAGUCACGACAGCGCUCGGUGCAGUCGCUAAGUUAACAUCACUUAAUUACCCUAUUGACUUGACUGCAAUUAACAGGCCUGUGGGGACCGAGAUUAGUAGCACGCCACAGCUACUGGUUGAUCUUCCAACGUAUGCCUGGAAUCACACCAGGUCAUAUUGGGCAGAGCCACGCAUGAGCAAGAUGUUUCGGAACCGAACCUCUCCGCGGAUGGACUUACUUGGCGCACCAGACAAUAUGGCAUGUCCAUUUGAACCUCGCUGGAGAAAUCAUCUUCGGACCUCAGAACUCCCUUGGCUCCUCGAUCACAAGAUUCAGGGAAACAUUGUUUUCCCUGCUGCAGGGUAUCUGGUCAUGGCAAUCCAAGCCUCAAUACAGCUGAAUAAAGAUGAAGAAAGUAUUGCUAAAUACAUCCUGCGAGAUGUGAGAAUACACUCAGCCCUGGUACUCGAUGAAACCUCUGCGGUCGAGGUUAUGAUAUCUCUUCAAAAGUCGACACAGGACCAAGAACAGUUGUAUAAUUUCCAUGUAUACUCUGUCUCAGAGGAUAAUAGGUGGAUUGAGAAUUGUACUGGCUUGGUCGGGGCACAGAAAAGCAUUGGUCUUUUAGGCGACGGCGUCGAGGAAACUGAUGAUUAUGCGACAGUCCCGUUGGGGACUGAAGUCCAUGGAAUAUCAGUGAUUGAUGUGCAAGACUUUUAUGAGAAGCUUCAGCGUUCGGGUCUCGAAUACGGACCAUGUUUUGCGAAUAUGACAAAAGCACGUGUCACUCAAGACGGGGCGUGCUUUGCAGAAGUUACUGUACCAGAUACACUAUCUGUGAUGCCUGCAUCAUUUCAGCAUGAGCUUUUGGUCCAUCCAUGCACACUGGAUACUAUAUUUCAAACCAUCUUUGCCGCUUUACCGCCAGGUAUGGGGAUUGAGGAAGGACCUGCAAUCCCUGUCUCCAUUGAAGAGAUGGUUGUAUCAUCCAGUCUGAACUGUUCGGCAGGAGAGCUCAUGAGUAUUUGUACUCAUGUGCGCCCGAUGCCUAACAGGGACGUGACGGCAUGCAUAGUCGCGGUAAGUUGCAACGUGAAGCAAUUUGAAACCGAGCCAACUAUUUCACUUCGUGGCCUACGAUGCGCGCGGCUCGAGCGCCAUGAACCGGCAUCUCAGGCAAAAGACAGCCGCAUAAUUUAUCAGAUUGACUGGAAACCCGAUCCGAGCUUUCUUUCCAGCAAUAAUGCAUCGUUCCUUUUCAACAAUAAGGAUGCUGAUCAAAAGCCUGAGCCUCAAACAGAUUACGAAGAGAGUGCAGUCGGGUUCAUCAGAGCUGCGCUGGAGGAAGUCAGCACAACGGAAGCAAUGGAACUGGGCACUUCUCACCGCAAAUUUCGGUGCUAUCUCCAAGAUGUGCUCGAAAGACAUGAUGAUAAACCCUCAAUAUCAAUAUCCCACUUAGAAGAUAUCCAUUCCGUUCCGAUGGGAAGGCUCCUGCCAGUUAUUGGGAAUAAUCUUGUGGCUAUUAUUCGAAACCAAGUCGACUUUUCUGCUGUCAUCGAAGACGAUCGACUUUUGGAUGAGUUCUGGGAUUUAUUCUCAGCGGACGACUCGUACCAAGCAGCUGCAAAUUAUGUCAACUUGAUUGGCCACGGCAAACCAGAUAUCUCCAUCCUUGAAUUUGGCGUUGGCACAGGCCAGAUAGCGGAAAUAUUCCUGAACCAUCUUUUGACACUCAACGAAUCACCCUACUGCGGAAAAUAUACGUUUGCCCACGAAAGCGCUUUUGUGCUUGAGCAUACCGCGAAGCGGCUGGAGGAGUGGUCGGAAUGGGUUGAAUGUAAGCCCCUGGAUCUUAGCAAGAAUUUCCCCAAACAAGGAUUUGAGAAGAAUUCCUUCGACAUUUUAAUACUGCCUCAUGGAUUGUGUACUGCACGUUGUGAAAAAGAUGCGCUUACUAAAAUCCAUGAGCUUUUGAGACCAUCUGGCUAUUUGAUUGCAAUCAACCCCUUCGACCCAAAGAAGAAUGCGCUGAAAAGUCUCUUAUUCAGUGCCUUGCACUGCUUGUCCGCAAACGAAUUCUGUUUGGGCCAGGGUGCUUGGACAGAGAGUCAGUGGGAUGAGAUCCUACAAGAUGCUCAUUUCAAUGAGGUUGAUGCCUAUGCGGAGCAAGAUUCUGAGAAGAGCCAUCAAUUCAUCGUGGCCAGAAAACGAAAAAACCGAAAGUCUGCCAGAAAGAUUAACAUCAUAUCCAUGGACAAUGCUGGAGUUGCCAGGCAUCUAGUUACUGAGCUCGAGAAGACCUCAUGCGAGGUGAAUGUGGCACACGUCAAUAAUGUUGAGUGUAAGGAUCAGAUUUGUUUGGUCUUGGAUACUUCAGAGUCUUCCUUGUUGGCCGCUCCUGAUGAAAUUACAUUCAGCAAGAUAAAAGCAAUGCUUACGCAGAGUGGUGGAGUUCUCUGGAUCACAAGGGGAGGGACGAUUGAGCCUGUCAACCCAAACGCGGCCUUGGCUGUCGGAUUCGCAAGAACAGCGCGGGCCGAAUCGGGUGUAAACCCGAUUGUUACCCUUGAUCUGGAUGCUGAAAAUCCUCUCUCGGAAUCCCAAGCCGCCAAGAUAAUUGUAAGAGUUGUUGCUACCCGAUUCCUGCGUGACAAUCCAGACGAAGACACGGAAUAUGCGGAGAGAAAUGGACAAAUUCUGGUUCCACGUGUGCUAGAGAAUUUGAAGGCGAACGACACCAUGAACAGCAUUAAUGAUACCGAGGCUAUAUCCGAGCGCCCUUUUCAUCAAAUUCAGCAACCUCUCCGUCUUUCCCGGAAAUUUAAUAACCCCGGUUUUGUUGUUGAUCUACAGAUGAAAGAGCUUCCAGUCGGCUGCAUUGGGAUCGAAGUACACUCCUUUAGCCUGAAUAAAUGGGAUGUUCAGUCAACCUAUCUUGAUUGGGAAACAGACGACACCCUCGGUUUGGAGUGUAGUGGCAUAGUAUACAAGGUCGGCGCCGGGGUCCACGGCAUCACGGUAGGCGACCGGGUUGCGUGUCUUGGAGCUGGGACAGCGAGAAGCUUUUAUCACGAUCGGGCAUCAGCUUUCCAGAGGAUCGAUGACGAAAUGCCAUUACAGGUGGCUUCAGCUUUGCCUCUAGCAUAUACCAUUGCAUAUUAUGUUGUGAACCACCUGUCGAUAGUUGAGUCGAAUGAUGUUGUUCUCGUCCAUGACGCCGGAAGUCAUUUCGGCCAAGCACUUCUGGAAGUGUACCUACUGAGGGACGCUCGGAUAUUUGCAACGGUGCAAAGCCCUGAUGGAAAGGACUUGCUGAGGUCGAGGUUCGGGAUUCCGGAGGAGCAUGUAUUCAUAAGCGGGAAAGAUGAUAUAACCAAGGGUGUGCUACGAUUGACUGAUGGCAAGAAAGCAAACGUAGUAGUCACUUUCGAGACCCCGGAGGACAGAAUUCUCCAGAGCUGCACUGCACCAUUUGGACGGUUUAUUCAACUUCGAACAAACAAUCUCAAGUCUCCACUGCUGUCAUGUCCUCAGAACAUGUCCAUGUCCACAGUCAAUAUAUUUGAGCUCCAAAAAGAGAGGACAGACCUUGCCAACCAGAUAUGGCCGAAGGUCUUUCGCUUAUUUGUCGAGGGGCGACUCAAAGGGCCUAGCUUUACCGAUACAUAUCAUGUUUCACAUAUUCAAGGGGCAAUAACAGCAACUGAAAGCCAGCAGCAUGUCGUGGUUCAUAUGGAAGAGAACGAUCUUGUGAAGGCCACGCUCCCUAAGUCUACGCAGCCAUUGUUCCGCGCAAAUGCGUCAUACAUGCUGGUUGGUGGGCUUGGUGGAAUUGGGAGAGAGGUUGCUACGUGGAUGGCAGAAAAUGGAGCAAAGAGCCUAACUUUCGUCAAUCGAAGCGGCCUUUCAAAGCAUCAGGCUCAGAUCACAGUGAGAAAUCUGGUGGAAAAAGGUAUCCAGGUAACUACCCGAGCUUGUGAUAUAUCCGACGAGACCGAAGUGCAGCGAAUGCUUCAUGAUCUGUCUUACUGCGCACCCCCAAUACGAGGGCUGAUUCAGGCAGCCAUGGUCCUCAAGGAUGUUCACAUUGAAAAUAUGAGGUUGGACGAGUAUCGGGAUGUCAUGGGCCCAAAGUAUUAUGGCACCUGGAAUUUGCACCGACAUCUCCCCACUAAUCUUGACUUCUUCUUGAUGCUGUCGUCUAUUAGCGGCGUUAUUGGGAAUGCCACACAGGCUGCCUAUGCCGCCGGCUGCACCUUUAUGGACGCAUUCGCCGCCUAUCGAAGAGGGUUAGGCCUUUCAGCAGUAUCUCUGGACCUCGGCACGAUCACAGAUGUUGGCCAUUUGGCCGAGAACAAGGAUUUAGCGGUAAAGAUGGAACGACAAGGAUUCCAGGGCACCGACGCACCAACUCUUCUAUCCCUGAUACAAGUUGCAAUCUCCCAGUCGACGAGCGGAGGAGCACAACUUAUAACUGGGCUCGGCCAAUGGAAAGAGAUGAAUUCACUUGGGAACUUCGACGCGCCAUUGUUUGCCCAUUUCCGGUAUAGAUUCCAGGGUCAUGGCAAAUCUACUGCACUCGGCGACUCGAUAGAAGGAUUGAAGGUUGAACUUGGUGGUGCAAAAACAGUGGAUCAAGCCGCCGUUGUCAUCUGUGAUGCCCUUAGCAGGAAAAUUGCCUCCCAUCUCUCCAUCCCUGUUGAAAAUAUUAAUCCUGCUAAUCCGGUCUCCGAUUAUGGAGUUGACUCCCAUGUGGCCGUGGAGCUGCGCAACUGGAUAUCACGAUCUAUGGAUUCCACUAUUCCUAUUUUGGAAAUUCUAGCAAGGUCUAUGUUGGAAUUAUCUCAUAAGAUUGCGAGCCAAAGAUUCGAGGGAACGUUGGAGUGA